ACCGCCCGGGACGGAAGUGGCCUGGCGGACACCUAGUAGGCGCCGUUGCGUCCGCUGGGGCCGAGUGCGGACGUCCCGUCUUUAUACACCUGAAUUCCCUCCUCCCCUGUAGCCGCGUCCUCGCUGCUGCAGCUUCCCGGGACAAUGGUGCCCCGCCUGCUGCUGCGCGCCUGGCCCCGGGGCCCUGCCGCUGGCCUGGGAGUCGCCUGCCGGCCCCUCAGCGCCGGCCCCGGGCCGGGUCCCUACUUGCAGCGCAGCAUCGUGCCUACCAUGCACUACCAGGACAGCCUGCCCAGGCUGCCCAUUCCCAAACUGGAAGACACCAUGAAGAGAUACCUGAGCGCACAGAAGCCUCUCCUGGAUGACAGCCACUUCAGGAAAACAGAACAAUUUUGUAAGAGUUUUGAAAACGGGAUCGGAAAAGAACUACACAAGCAGCUGGUGGCUAAGGAUAAGCAGAACAAACACACAAGCUACAUUUCAGGUCCCUGGUUUGAUAUGUACUUGACCGCCCGAGACCCCAUUGUUCUGAACUAUAAUCCGUUUAUCGUGUUCCAUCCUGACCCCAAAUCCGAGUAUAACGACCAGCUCACCAGGGCCACCAACAUGACCGUUUCUGCCCUGCGCUUUUUGAAGACGCUGCGAGCCGGCCUCCUGGAGCCGGAAGUAUUCCACCUGAACCCUGCCAAAAGCGACACUGACACCUUUAAGAGGCUCAUACGCUUUGUGCCUUCCUCUCUGUCUUGGUACGGGGCCUACCUGGUCAAUGCAUACCCCUUGGACAUGUCUCAGUAUUUUCGGCUCUUCAAUUCUACACGUUUACCUAAACCCAGGCGUGAUGAACUCUUCACAGAUGAGCAGGCCAGACACCUCCUGGUUCUCAGAAAGGGAAACUUGUAUGUCUUCGAUGUCCUGGAUCAGGAAGGGAACAUUGUGAGCCCCUCAGAAAUCCAGGCACGCCUGCAGUCCAUCCUGUCAGACCACAGCCCUGUGCCUGAGUUCCCCUUGGCCUACCUCACUAGUGAGAACCGAGAUGUCUGGGCCCAGCUGAGGCAGGAGCUUGUGGCUGGUGACAAUGAGGAGCUCCUGAGGAAGGUGGACUCUGCCGUGUUCUGCCUCUGCCUAGACGACUUCCCCAUCCAGGACCUUGUCCACCUGUCUCACACCAUGCUGCACGGCGACGGCACCAACCGCUGGUUCGACAAGUCUUUCAACCUCAUUGUGGCCAAGGACGGCACUGCCGCUGUCAACUUUGAGCAUGCAUGGGGUGACGGAGUCGCAGUGCUCAGGUUUUUCAACGAGGUAUUCAAAGACAGCACUCAGACCCCUGCCAUUCCCCCUCAGAGCCGGCCAUCGCAGACCCCCGCCGUGCAGAAACUCCACUUCAGGCUGAGUGAUGCCGUAAAGGCUGGCAUCGCCUCGGCCAAGGAGAAGUUUGAAGCCACUGUGAAUACCCUCACAGUUGACUGCAUGCAGUUUCAUAGAGGAGGCAAAGACUUUUUGAAGAAGCAGAAGCUGAGCCCGGACGCCGUGGCCCAGCUGGCCUUCCAGAUGGCCUUCCUGCGGCAGUAUGGCCAGACGGUGGCCACCUAUGAGUCCUGCAGCACCGCCGCCUUCAAGCAUGGCCGCACCGAAACCGUCCGGCCUGCAUCCAUCUUCACCAAGAGGUGUUCUGAGGCCUUCGUGCGGGAGCCAUCCAGACACAGUGCUGGCGAGCUACAGCACAUGAUGGCCGAGUGCUCCAAGUACCACAACCAGCUGACCAAGGAAGCGGCAAUGGGCCAGGGCUUUGACCGACAUUUGUUUGCCCUGCGACACAUAGCAGCAGCCCAAGGGAUGGUCUUGCCUGAGCUCUACCUGGACCCUGCGUAUGGACAGAUCAACCACAACAUCCUGUCCACCAGCACACUGAGCAGCCCGGCCGUGAACCUUGGGGGGUUUGCCCCUGUGGUCUCUGAUGGCUUUGGUGUUGGGUAUGCUGUUCACGACAACUGGAUAGGCUGCAACGUCUCCUCCUACCCCAGCCGCAAUGCCCGGGAGUUCCUCCAGUGUGUUGAGAAGGCUUUGGAAGACAUGUUUGAUGCCUUGGAAGGCAAAUCCAUCAAAACUUAGAAAGCUCCGGUUGCUUCCUCAUCCAGAGGAUGGGGACCUGUGCUGCCAGCAGGCGCUAUUCUUGACAUAAUGAAAGGAAUCCCAAGAGGCCUGGACUGCCAGAGCCGUGGGCUGGAGCACAACUAGAUCACACCUACAGAGGAGAGAGUUCAGUUGUCAUGGUGUUUGAUCAGGAGGUGGGGGUGGGUGGGGCUGGGAAAAUAACUCAGGUGUAUUUAUUGUUGAAGCAGAACUAAAACUUAACUGGUGCUGGGAGAGGAUUCCUCUUCAUUGCUUGCCCCCAAGCGGAGGUUUGUAAAUGCCAUAGAGCUCACAUAAUAAACAAAAUCCCCACUUAACUAAUAUGCAUUACACA